UUAGAAUUAUCAUUCGGGAUCCUCUUGACGCAUCCUAGAUUACCUAGCAAGAGACAUGCAUUUUUCAUUCAUCCUUGCUGCUGCUGCUGCUUUGACAACAUUUAUGUCUGUCAGUGCCAGGAGCCUCCAGAGGUGCUUAUCAGAGGGCGCAGCUUGUGACCCGAACGAGGACAUCCCUGCCGGACAGUGCUGCACCAAAUUUGUUUGCGGUUUGGACCCUAACGACAUCCACCAGACAUCACAUAUAUGUGUCAAAAAAAGUGGAAAACUGAGCGUGUUCAUAACAGUGGGUCAUUUUUCUGUUUCUUGUUGUCCCAAUGGUCAAUUUGUCACACGAUAUGCAGUUAUGAUCGAUAUGCUCAUUGCUACACGGAUUUCUGGGCUACCUCGAAUAGCCUAGACUCUAGAAUAACAUAGCAUUAGAAAAACUUUCUUGCAAAUCGACAAAACCCAUUUGUGUGACUUGACUUGCUUACGAUUUUCAUUGUGGAAAACCUCCUGUGCAAAGUUACUCUAGUUACUUAGUACUGUUACAAGGGCGACUCAGAG